AUGACGUCAGAGCGACCGCCGCGGCGGCGGCGGCGCGCGGCGGCGGCGGCGGGCGGGUGGGCGGCCGAGGCCCCCGAGGAGUUCGAGGACGCGCCGGACGUGGAGCCGCUGGAACCGACGCUGGCGAACAUCAUCGAGCAGCGCAGCCUCAAGUGGAUCUUCGUGGGCGGCAAGGGCGGCGUGGGCAAGACCACGUGCAGCUGCAGCCUGGCCGUGCAGCUGUCCCGGGUCCGCGAGAGCGUCCUGAUCAUCUCCACCGACCCCGCUCACAACAUCUCGGACGCCUUCGACCAGAAAUUCUCCAAGGUGCCCACCAAGGUCACCGGCUACGAGAACCUCUUCGCCAUGGAGAUCGACCCCAGCCUGGGCGUGGCGGAGCUCCCCGAUGAGUUUUUCGAGGAAGACAACGUGCUGAGCAUGGGGAAGAAGAUGAUGCAGGAGGCCAUGAGCGCCUUCCCCGGCAUCGACGAGGCCAUGAGCUACGCCGAGGUCAUGAGGUGGG